AUGGAUCGUGUGUGCUUGUUGCUUGUUCUGCCUGUGCCUGCUCUGGCCGUGCUCCUGGACUACUACGGGGCCUCGGUCUCGUUCAGUCCCAGAGUCCAGACCUCAGACUUCUCUGUGGAGUUCAGUGCAGGGUACAGUGGAGACUACAGUGAAGAGGACUGUGAGGGUUUCUCUCUCUGCUGUGAGAGAGACCAGUGUGGGACAAGUCUGGACGUCCAUCGCUUCAGCCACGUUGUGGGGGGAGUCUGUCGAGUCCUGUUCGUCCAGACACAGACUGUUCCAGACACCAUGGAUCUGUUUACCAUGAGCGCGCACUGGGACCACACAGAGCCCUCGUGGCCCCUCCCCUCUGUGAACUCUGUGGUGAACGUGAGUUUCUCUGUCGUGGUGGAUCUCAGGACCCGCUCCGACACCGGGACCUCGAACUCAUCACCUCUCAGCUCUGUACUGCCGAUGAUACGAGUCCCAUGGAACUGUCCCACAGACCUGGACCUCCGCAGUCUGGAUCCAGAUUCAGACCUGGUCCAGUGCAGGUUUGCAAACAACACCAUCGACCCACGAGAAUGUCACCAGUGCAGCCCGCCCUCUGUGCUCAGCCUCCACCAGAGCUGCCGUCUGUCGUUCAGCAGCAGCAGCAGCUCUGUGGGACUCUAUGUGGUGCAGAUGGUCCUGGAGGACUUCCCCAGGACCGACAUAGUCCUGACCGGGGCCAACGGGACCCAGGAGGAGAGAAAGACCACCCAGGCUCUCAGCAAGACCCCCGUGCAGUUCCUACUCGCAGUGGAGGGGGAAGUCCCAUCCUGUCUUCCUGGUCUAUACAUCCCUGUGUUUGAGGCCCCAACCCCGGCCCCUGGAGCCCGGAUCAACGUCACCGUGACCCAGACCCUGAGUCUCCACAUCCAGACCAGAGCCGAGCUCUCCACGCUGGGGCAGUUGUGGUUCAGUGGUCCUGCAGGGAUGACCCAGACCCAGACCCGGUCUGAAGGACAGUACCUGCUGAGCUGGAGGCCGUCUGCUGCGGACACUGGACGACUGGUCCCGGUCUGCUUCAUGGUCCUGGCUGAUCUCAGCGGCGUCCGGCUCAGCUCAGAGCUCCGCUGUGUGGUGCUGACCGUGGCUGAAGUGCGGCUCUUGGCGGCUGCUCCUCUUUCUGAAGACGACGUGGAAUCUGUGCUUGAACAGCUGUACCUUCACCUGUACCUUCACCUGUACCUUCACCUGUACCUGCACCUUCACCUGUACCUUCACCUGUACCUUCACCUGUACCUGUACCGGUACCUGCACCUGUACCUGCACCUUCACCUGUACCUUCACCUGUACCUGCACAUUCACCUGUACCUGUACCUGUACCUGCACCUUCACCUGUACCUUCACCUGUACCUGCACCUUCACCUGUACCUUCACCUGUACCUGCACCUGUACCUUCACCUGUACCUGUACCUGUACCUUCACCUGUACCUGUACCUGCACAUGUACCUGUGCCUGUACUGUACUUUCACCUCUGCUCCAGCUCCACAGGCCUCUAAAGCCACCGUGCCCCUGCCAAAGGAGCUCAGCCGUGUCCUCUUGAUCGACGCCGCUCCGGAGGGCUCUUAA